UUCUUUUAUUGCGUUCUCUUUCUCUUUCUAUCUCUGUCAUCUCAUUUGGGUGUUCCUUGAGUUGGCUGGCUUAUCUGACCAAUGCCGAAAGGGGUUAUCUCCCCGGAGCCCUCUGUCUGCAUUUCGUAGAAGCUGAACGAACUGCCAAGCUUACUGUCGCGAUGGACUACUCCCAAGGCUUUGGUUGACUAGGGUUUAGAGAGAGAAAGCGAGGAGGGGGGUGUUGGGAGAGGUGGGUGCUUUGAUUUUGUGAUCUGGGGUGUCUUAUUUUUGCGUUUUGAAUAUUGGGUAUCCGGCUUUCCGCCGGGAUCCUAGCGUUCUGAGCGGGGGUCUCCGGGAGAAUGUACCAGGCGAUUCACCACUCGCUGGAGAAGGGUGUUGCGUGUGAGGACUUGCAGGGACCUCUAGAGGGCACGAAUCUCCCCGGUGACGCUUGCCUGGUGCUCACCACGGAUCCCAAGCCGCGGCUUCGAUGGACCGCCGAGCUGCACGAGCGGUUCGUCGAUGCAGUCACGCAGCUCGGCGGCCCCGAUAAAGCCACUCCCAAGACCAUCAUGAGGACAAUGGGAGUCAAGGGCCUUACUCUAUAUCAUCUAAAGAGUCAUCUUCAGAAGUAUCGAUUGGGCAAGCAAUCUUGUAAGGAAUUAUCUGAUGGCUCAAAAGAUGCUGCCGGCCUUUCGGAAACUCAAGGCACUUCAUCAAGAAUGAUGUCGCAGGAAAUAAAAGACGGCUUCCAGGUUACCGAGGCGUUGCGAGUCCAAAUGGAAGUGCAGAGAAGAUUACACGAGCAGCUAGAGGUUCAAAGACAUCUCCAGCUCCGGAUUGAAGCCCAAGGGAAGUACCUCCAGUCCAUACUUGAGAAGGCCUGUAGGGUGCUCGCCGACCAGAACAUGGCUUCGUCUGGCUUAGAGACUGCAAGACAGGAACUUUCUGAACUGGCAAUAAAGGUCUCUGGUGAUUGUCUGACUGCUCCCUGUGAUACCACCAAUUUGGCCUCCCUAACAGGGAUGGCAGCAGUGUGUCUGGAUGACAAAUCCAUUAACAGACAAACCCAAAUUACUGACUGUUCUGUGGACAGCUGCCUGACAUCUAAUGAUAGCUCCGGAAAAGUGUCUGCUGACAUUGGUCUGCAAGCUGGAGGAAAGAAAAGAACAAGGCCCUUGUACCCAACUAGUGAUUCGCUAGUCUGGGAAAGUGAUGUGCGCCAAGAUGUACAGUGGAUGACCAGUUUCUGAGGUUUGAAUGUUAAUUUCAAAACUUGGUUCAGUCAAAGUCUCCCAAUUGUCAUGCACAAGGAGGUAUAUGAGCUUUCAUUCUGUUGUAACAAAUGAAGAUAUGUAUAUUUGAACCAGUGCGUUGUACUUGGAUCCUACGAGGCCGUUCCUUGCAAUACAAGCAGGCACAGGUUCAGGCUGAAUUUUGGAGCAACUAUUCAUAUAGCAUGUAAUCAUUCUCAUGUCUCUGUAAAUUGGGUACCCUUGUUGGCUAAAAGAAAUCUUGGUAUUUGGGUGCUCA